AUGAUUGUACUACAAAAGGCUAAUCUAGCGGUUAGGGAAAAGGUAAAAGGAUUGAAACUAAAGUGUAUUAACGAAUCGUCGGAAGUGUUGUCCAAAUACAAAGUGAACACAGAUGUGGACAAAGACGUGAUCUUAACGUCUUGUAAUAAUGAUUACCGAAACUGUUUGAGACAAUCACUGCAACAACUGAACAAAGAGACCAUCAAAAGUAGACGAGCUCUUUAUGUUGAACACGAUGAUUGUGUGAAAAAAGUUUUGAAUAUAACGAGCGAUGAAAGUAUCGAGAUUAGAGACCGCGAUGAAUGA